AGCCGAGCCGCCGUACUCUCCCCCUCCCUCUCCUCCUCCUCCUCCCUCUCCCUCUCCUCCACCUCCUCCCUCUCCUCCGCCUCCUCCUCUCAGCGCCAUUGUGUGUCGGAGUCUCCGGCUGGGCACACACGGCUUGUUUUCCCCUCCGUGACCCAGCUAAGCGUUUCCGAGCUCCCCAUGUUUCUGCUCCACUCCCCGCUGGACCUAAAUGUGAUUUAUGUUCGGUAAAGGCCACAAACGGAAGCUGGAUGAGGAUGAAGCGGGUCUGGAAGGCAAAGCGCUGGAGGUGGCGGGCUCUUGUCCGGAGGGUCUGUCCAAAGUCUCGUACACUCUCCAACGCCAAACCAUUUUCAACAUCUCCCUCAUGAAACUCUACACGCAGCGACCUGGCGAGCCUAGCCUGCAACGCCGCGUACUCAUCAACAACAUGCUCCGAAGAAUCCAAGACGAGCUCAAACAAGACGGAACCCUGCGACCGCUGCUCCUCCCCCCCUCCCCUCCUCCUGACGACCCACUGGACGAAGGAUACCGCCAAGCACCGCCCACGUUCGGAGUCCUUGUCCAAUCGCAGCCUUCUGCUUUGCUAAUGGGCCCACCUCCUUUGUCGCCGCACCCAAUGGGAUCACCCGCUUCACCCAAUCCGCCUCCCCUGCCUUCGCUGCCGCCUCAGGACUGCCCUCUAGAGGCGUGUCUCACUCCUGCGUCGUUACUAGAGGACGAUAACAUGGAGAGUAUGGAGAAUGCGACCUUUAGCAUCGCGACUCCACCCACUCCUCCCGUAUCGCCACGUCCCGCAAGAUUCCAAUCAAUGGAGCCGGAUAUCGCUACUUCACGGACAAUAUCAGCUAAUGGUAACACGCUAACCAUUUCUACCUCCCAGCUAGCCAGAGAGCACCGCGUUAAACCGGAACCAGCUAGCGUCUUGCAGGCAGAACUCCGGUUAUUGGACCCUUUACCCACACUGCCCUCUGGAGGUAGCCUAUCCCCGGACCCGCCCUCUUCUUCGCCAUCCGGUUUCCUUUCCGAUUUAGCUUUAGAUGACGUCCUAUUUGCUGAUAUUGACACGUCUAUGUACGAUUUUGAUCCCUGUACAACAACAACGACAUCAACGACGACAGGAAGUGCGGCCAUAGCGACAGCAGUGGGCGGGAUUUCCAAAAUAGCGCCCGUGGUAACUGCGGACGACCUCAUCAAAUCGCUAGCGUCGCCAUACAAUGGUCCCGCCCCCCAAGUUUCGUCCAAUCAGCCUUUCAAGAUAGAUUUAACAGAACUUGAUCACAUUAUGGAAGUAUUGGUUGGGUCCUGAUUUACUUUAAACAUCCAGGAAAAAGACUGGAAAUAUUUUGGGGGGAAUUUUUGGAGUUUUAAAUGUUUUGUUUUGGAUUAUUCUUUUAUUUUUAUGAUAAAUGAACUGUUAAUGUCGGAAAAUUGUAAGCAUCAAAAUUAAGAUGUCAGUUUGAACUACUCCAUGCACUGUGCUGGCCUUUUCUGAAGAAACCGGGACGCAAUUCAACACACAACAUUCAUGCUUGUAUUUCUAAUUUCAUAAAGAUUUAGAUGCACAAUUUCCUUAAAGCUCCAAGUUUACGGUAUUUUAUAAUCUGUUAUAAUGUUGUUUCCUCAUCAAAAAACAAACCUGGAGUUGUGUUUUGUUUUAUUCACUUGUUUAACACAUGAACUCUUCAUAUUUAGACUGUUCUUCUCUCUUUAAACUCCGUACACCUUCACUGGGUCAGCCCUGGUAUUUCCAAUUUUUACCGAACAAAAGAUAAAAGGUAGCUGUUCACUUGAAAACAGCUAUCACUGCAUGAAACAGCAUUUUGAGCUCCAGGUGUUUUUGAUCAGCAUUCUAACAUAACAGUCCAUUUUGUGUAAUAUAGGAAUUUUUAUUCUAAACUUUUAUUAUUUUACGC